CGUUCGUCUUUCAGAAGUUUAAAAUAACGAUCGACGAAGGAAAUUACAUUGGAAAGGAAACAAAUUGUCAGACCUUGAAAACACUGGGUUUUUUUAAUGCUGAUAUCACCAGUUAUAAAGAUCUCCUGUUCUCGUGUCCAUUUAUGCGGAAAAGAAAUCCACGUGCUACAGGAUGUCGUGAGCACGGCAGCUCGACCUUGUUAACUAUACCUCGCACCCUCCACAUUCUAGAAACAGUUUCAUCCCAGGCAAUCGCGCUGAAGGCUUGCUCUAAGUACUAGAGCUGAGCGCCACGCACAAAACCUCGAGGGGUAACGUCACUCCCCCUGACAGAUCCGCUUCAGUCUUCCAAUCCCCGCCGCCACAUCGCUUUGGAGAACGGCAAGAUCGCAUCCAUUUUCAGUGUAAUUUGAAAUGUUCAUCAAACAAAUUCUGACUCGACCUCUUUUUCCCCCAUUCCUCUUUUUGGUGUUGGCAAGGCAUUCUUCAAACGCAGGGUAUGCGCCCUGGCAAGAACGUAUACGUAAAUAAAAAGGAGAAGGUCGCAGAAAGUGGAGAUCGCAUCGAGGAUGAUUUGUGACAAAGGGGAGACCAUACAGCUACAGGGGCUUUAAGUUAAGAAAGCGUUCAUCGCAAAAGCGCGUUUACUGUUGGACUGGAGCUAUUUUUUAAUCAUGCCUGUUCGGAGAGGUCAUGUCGCACCACAAAACACGUUUCUUGGCAUAAUAAUACGAAAAUUCGAGGGACAAAAUAAGAAAUUCAUAAUAGCCAAUGCCAGGGUUCAGAACUGUGCAAUCAUCUACUGCAACGACGCUUUUUGCGAAAUGACCGGAUUCUCCAGGCCAGAUAUCAUGCAGAAGUCGUGCACCUGUGAUUUCCUCCAUGGAGAGCUUACGAAGAGACAUGCUAUUGCCCAAAUGGCGCAGGCUCUGUUGGGCUCCGAGGAGAGAAAGGUGGAAAUAACCUAUCAUCGCAAGGAUGGAUCAGAUUUUUUGUGCAACACUCACAUAAUCCCUGUGAAGAAUGAAGAAGGCGUGGUGAUGAUGUUCAUCCUAAAUUUCGAUUACGUUCCGGAAGAAGGAAGCAUCGGCUCCUUAGAGAGGCUUAACCAUACGUCCCCUGCCAAAUCUAACCACAGAAAGGGACGUUUUUUCCGGUUUCGUCUGCCAGCCUUGAACCUUCUGGGCAUCAGCAAACAGUCCCUCCCCCAGGAGGACCCGGACGCUGUGAUGAUAGACUCCCCCAAACUGAGCGACCGCUCCGUUGCCAUGGAGGACUUCAAAUCCGUCACCAAAGAGAGCUGCAGCCCCUCCGACGUCGACGACACCCGGGCCCUCAUCGGCUCCAGCCAGAGCCCCGCCCCGCUCGACGUGUCCGAGCCCCUGGACCGGUCCUCGCCCAAACGGCAGUGGGGCAGGCUGUACCCAGACCAGCACCAGUCCACCACUUGCCUGGCCCACACCGUCUCCCAGGAGACCGUGUGCAGCAUGAGGCGGGCCUCCUCAGUGCAGGACAUCGAGGGCCUGAGCUCCAACUCCAAGGCCGUGUUCAGGGACCGCCACGCCAGCGAAGACAAUGGUCGCAAUAUCAAAGUUUCCCGUUCCUGGAUGGCAGGGGGCCCCUUCAACCAUAUCAAAUCUAGUCUGCUGGGCUCAACUUCCGACUCCAACCUCAACAAGUACAGCACUAUCAACAAAAUCCCGCUGAUCACGCUCAACUUCUCGGAGGCGAAUAACGAGAAGAAGGCGGCCUCUCCCCCAUCCUCUGAGAAAACCAUUAUUGCACCAAAGGUCAAGGACAGAACACACAAUGUCACAGAAAAGGUCACUCAGGUUUUGUCUUUGGGGGCAGACGUGCUACCGGAAUACAAACUCCAGACACCUCGCAUGGACACAUUCACCAUAUUGCACUACAGCCCAUUCAAGGCGGUGUGGGACUGGUUGAUCCUGUUGCUGGUCAUUUACACAGCCAUCUUCACGCCCUACUCCGCUGCCUUCCUGCUCAACGACCGCGAGGAGCAGAAGAGGCGAGAGUGCGGUUACUCGUGCAGCCCCCUGAAUGUGGUGGACUUAAUAGUGGACAUCAUGUUCAUCAUCGACAUCCUGAUAAACUUUCGUACCACCUACGUCAACAUUAACGAGGAGGUAGUAAGUCACCCGGGCAAGAUCGCCAUCCACUACUUCAAAGGCUGGUUCCUGAUCGACAUGGUGGCUGCAAUCCCCUUCGACCUGCUAAUCUUCGGAUCAGGGUCGGAUGAAACGACCACUCUGAUUGGCCUGUUGAAAACAGCACGACUCCUGCGAUUAGUCCGAGUUGCUCGGAAACUGGACCGCUACUCUGAGUAUGGAGCAGCCGUAUUGAUGCUGCUGAUGUGCAUUUUUGCACUGAUCGCCCAUUGGCUGGCCUGCAUAUGGUACGCCAUUGGGAACGUGGAGAAGCCGUACCUCGAGCACAAGAUCGGCUGGCUCGAUAACCUGGGUGUGUCUAUCGGCAAGAGGUACAACUACAGUGACCCAAACUCCGGCCCCUCCAUCAAGGACAAGUACGUCACCGCACUUUACUUCACCUUCAGCAGCCUCACCAGUGUCGGUUUCGGCAACGUCUCUCCCAACACCAACUCGGAGAAGAUCUUCUCCAUAUGCGUCAUGCUGAUUGGCUCCCUCAUGUACGCCAGUAUUUUCGGCAACGUGUCGGCCAUCAUCCAGCGGCUCUACUCGGGCACGGCCAGAUACCACCUGCAGAUGCUACGCGUGAAGGAGUUCAUACGCUUCCACCAGAUCCCCAACCCGCUGCGGCAGAGACUGGAGGAGUACUUCCAGCACGCGUGGACCUACACCAAUGGCAUCGACAUGAACAUGGAGGUCUUAAAGGGCUUCCCAGAAUGCCUGCAGGCCGACAUCUGCCUGCACCUCAACAAGACCCUGCUGCAGCAGUGCAAGGCCUUCCACGGAGCCACCAAGGGCUGCCUGCGCGCCCUGGCCAUGAGGUUCAAGACCACCCACGCCCCUCCCGGCGACACGCUGGUGCACGGUGGCGACGUCCUCACGGCGCUCUACUUCCUGUCCCGUGGCUCCAUCGAGAUUCUGAAGGACGACAUAGUGGUAGCCAUUUUGGGAAAAAAUGAUAUCUUUGGGGAGAUGAUCCAUCUCUACGCUAAGCCUGGGAAGUCCAAUGCAGACGUUAGAGCUUUGAGCUACUGCGACCUGCACACAAUCCAGAGGGAGGAUCUCCUGGAAGUGCUGGACAUGUAUCCAGAGUUCGCCGACCACUUCCUGACCAACCUGGAGCUCACGUUCAAUCUGAGAGACAAUAACGCAAAAACUAGCUAUUCACAAGCAAGCGAUUCAGAUGAGGAAGACGUUAAAUGUAGAAGGAAAAUUUCCUUUCAAAGAAAAUCCUCUGCAGGGGGAAAGAACAAAGAGGCGGAGAAUGAUGAUGAGAAGGAGAAGCAGCUGUACUUGUCUUCCAAGAGUGCAUCGGAGGACAAGAAAGACUCGGCGGAAGAGGAGACGCCCCUGUGCUCGGGGAUCAUGGGAUACCCUUCGGUGCGGGAUCAUGCCCUGGGACUCGGUCUCCAUGACAACAAAACCAUCCCUGUGAGAGACAGCCUGGCCCAGAGUGUGUCUUAUAAAGACCUGCACGUUGAGGAGUGGUCCUGCAAGAGGCCCAGGGAAGAUCCGGACGAGUCGGCACGGCUGCAGGACGUGCGAGCCGCGGACGAGACGGAGAGCGAGAUCACGUACGGGGAGGUGGAGCACCGUUUGGACCUGCUGCAGGAGCACCUGAACAGACUAGAGUCGCAGAUGACGUCAGACAUUCAGACCAUCCUUCAGCUGCUGCAGAGGCAGUCUACCCUGGGCCCCCCCGCCUACAGCACGGUGACGGCUAGUCCGGAGUACCAGAGGUCUGCCAUCCAGGUCCAGCCGGUCACAGCCAUUAAGACUGACAGGAGAUUCAGUCCCACCUCAACACAGUGUCCUGAAUUCGUCAGCUUAGAGGUGUCCCACAAGAAAUCCAAAGAGUCCUUGUCAUGCACAGUCCAGAUGGACACAGCUCCUGGCGAGAACCCCACAGCACCAAUGGAGCAGAAUUUAGAAUCAGACCACGGACACAAACAGGACCCAAUGCCUGCCCUUGAUCCGCAGCGGCCUAAGCCUCCCCUGCUUCCAAUGCGACACCCCUCCCUCCCAGAAUCCUCCCCCAGUAACACAGGAAUGUCUGGACUCCACAGGCCAGUUUCUGAUCCUGGUCUUCCAGGGAAGUAGUAUUCUGUUGUCUCAGCUCUAUUGACUGCCUAUCUCCAUUGCGAAUCAGAAUCCUCUACUGCUUGACUCAGGGUCUAGAAGGAUACUGUAUUGUCAUAUGCAAUGAAUACUGUAGACUUUCUCCCUAUCUUUCAAAUAUGUUAAGACAUGGUUCAUCGUACAUAAUUUGUAUAUGUACUGCAGGCGUUUCACUGCCAGCGACACAAGGCACCUUUCAUGCUUGUUACAGUACAGAAAUGCACGCUGGGAUGUAUUCCUUGUUGCAUGUCCAACAUAGCUCAUUUCAGUGGUAAUCAGGUGUUACACUGGCAUGCUCCUAGGCAAUUAAUAGCACUUUUAUAGUUUGUUUUGGUUUUGUAAAGGACAAAAGUGUGCAAUGGCACAUCAGUGCUUUAAUGUUCAAAUAUCCCAGCGCGCUUAGACUCCAGUUUAUUGUACAGCUGAAAAAUGAUUCAGCUGUUAUAAAAAAUGUUAACAGAUGCUAAGUACCAUAUUUAGCCAAUUAAGAGGCUCUCAAUCCAGAUGGAACGUUGUGCCUAAUGCUGGAGAUUAAAACAUUUAUGCUUACAAAUGAAAAACUGGUUACGAACCCACCGACAACAAAAUCAUUAACUUGCAGUAAAUGUUAUGCUGUCAAAGGUUAACACCUUGUCCUAAAAUAGACAGUUUUAUUGGUGCAAACCCCUGUGUCAUAAUAAGGAAUAUUAGUUUUUUUCAUCUGAAUCAUAUGAUUAUAAUAUUCUUACCUGAAGUUUCUUAUUGGGACUAAUAAAGCAAUAAUAUGUAAAUUAAUUAUUAGCUGGAACUGGGGGAUUACACAUUUUUAAAGAAUUUAUGGAACAAGAGAGAAAUCUGGCACCAAUACAUGAAUAUGUAAUUGAACAUUAUAAUUUGACCUUCAAUAUUAACACCUUUCAAUAUAAACAUUAUGGUAAUUACCAUUGUCUAUUCUUCAUUUAUCCAACUAUGCUCCUAAAUUGGUGUGCUGUCCUGUAAGGGCACCAUUUGACAUUAUUCUGUAUGCCUUGCCUUAUUUUUUUUUUAAGGAAAAACAUGCUUUACAUAAACAUUGAGUUAGAUUUAAAAUUGAACAAAACUUUCCAAAUAUGAUAUAAAGGAUGUAUAUAAAUAAUGUUUCAUUCACAUACUUUUAAAAUACUAGCCUUUGCCUCUGAAAAAGUCUGAGUUAACUCACUUUAUUAAAAACAGACGGAAAGUUCAUAAUAGUCUCGCUGGGUUGCAAGUACAUGGAUUCAUUUUAGGGCUUCCAUCUUUGUAACAGCAGAGUAGUAAUAGUUAUCAGUACUCCAUUAUACCUUAAACACUGGCAUCACCCACCAGUGUACUUCCAGAAUAUUCCAAAUAUUGGGUGCAAGAAGUAUACAUAUUAUGAAAAAUGAAUAAAUUGACACAUUCAGAAUUAGAAUGUUAAAUGACUUGAUUUUUAGAAUGAGUCAGUUGCUUGUAUGAAUGAAUUGCAUGUCUUUGCCUGAAUAUUCCCUGAAAUUAGAACGUUUGCUCUUAUAUCAUAUAUACUCUAGCAUAUUUUCUAACAUUCUAUUGGUGACAGGAAAUGAAUUUUGUAACAGCUGGUGGUACUGGCUUGAAUGGCCUUUUCUGCAGUUAAAGGGUUGAUUAAAUUCAGGCAACUUGGUGGACAAAGCACGUCUAUUGAAAUUCAAAUAAUAGAAAUUACUUAAAUUAAUUUGGCGAUUAAUUUAAAGUCAUAAUAUUUCAUCAAGUUUUCAUACUUGUUUUCCCAAGAAAUAGGUCUUGCAAGUAUGUGAAUAUGUACUAGUGAAAUUAUUUUUCUCUUACAUCCAACAGUGUUUGAAUAAAUCAAGCCCUCAAGUGUUGGGUAAACAAAAAUAUAUAGUUAUACAUUUAUUAGGGUGAACAUAAUGAACUGAAUUAAUGAUUAUGUGAAUUUUGAGAAACUUCCAUGUCAAAUAAUCGUUAGGGUCUGGUACCUGCACUAUUAAUACCAGUUAGGCUGCACUGUUGCUUUAAUAAGCUUUUGAGAACUGCAGAAACUUGUGAAAGAUGUAAAAGGCUCUGGGGUAUUAUUUACAACUGUUUCUUACAAAGCUAUUAGACUUGCAAACUUUUGCACAUGAAUUUCAGACUUGUACUGGAUAAUAUGUAACUUUUUAAUCUUGUGUGUUUCAAAAUUGUUUUUAUGCAUUUUUAAAGUUUGCCACUGUAUAUUUUAUACAAUGCAACACUUUACAGCUGAGCUGAAUGUUUCUGUUCCUUAUACAGUAUAUACAUACAUGUUUAAACAGUGGGUUUUAAAUGAAUUCAUACCCUUGAUAAAAAAAAUUUAAAAUACAGAAUAUUGGUGUAACAAAAUUAAUUCAAGUACACAAGCAGUAUUUUUUUGCAUGGAAAAAAAGGUAUGUAAAUGCACAAAGCAAAUGUUUUAGAAGUGAUUGCAUGUUUUAUUUAGUUUGAGCCACAAAUGUUCUAACAUCACUAGAAAAUAUUAAUGCUAGCCUUUGAUGCAUGCUUCUGAGAACAUUGCUUGCAUUUUCCCUUAACAAUUUCCUUUUUUCCCCAACCAAACUUAAGAUUCAAAGCAGGAACCUGUUUUAUUUUUAAUGUACUUAUCUAUAUAUGAAACUUUUUCUCCUUCAUUGUAACCACCAGUUCACCCCAACAAAAAAAAAUGAUUCUCAAAGUAAAAUGCACUGAUCAUAUGCAGUGGAAUUAACACUGGUAUUGCCUUUUUAUCACCAAAAAUACCAAUGAUGAGCUUGUCCAUAACUAUAUUCCAUUAGACUAUAAAAUAUGGUAUCAAGUGUUAUUGAGAUCUGCCAUUUUUCAUUCAUUUUUUGUCAUGGUUCCCAUCCUUGCUCCUCAACCAUUAUACUAUUCACACAACCACCUGAUUCAAGUAUCCCAAACUUUCUAAGAUUUGUAAACACUGCCCUUGGUCCUGAGUUUGCCUUAAAUUUGUACUGUUUGCUGGCUGUACAUGUGUGGGUGUGCAUCUACGUACUGCACAGUGCAGUCCACAGGUAUUUAGACAUUGACACAAUUUUUGUUAUUUCGGCUCUGUAGUCCAGCUUAUUGGAUUUGAAAUGGGACAAGGGAUGUGAGGUUAAAGUGCAGACUGUCAGUUUUGCAGGCACUUACAUCCACAUCAUGUGGUAAUUACAGCCUUGUUCAUACAUUUUGCCCCCAUUUUAUGUGAGCACAAGCAAUUGGACAAAUUAACACAAUCUGAAAUGAUCAUACUUGGUUGCAAAUCCUUUGCAUCCAAAGACUGCACGAAGUCUGCAACCCUGGUUAUGCUUUGCCAGGCAUAUACCACAGCCAUCUUCAGUUCCUGUUAGUUUCUGACAGGCAACAAUUUAACCUCACAUUCAGUGAUUCAUUUCAGAUUCAGUGUUGCCACUAUCCAAAUAGAGUGAGCUCCAUAAUCUUUGGGACAAAGACUUGUUUUUUUUAUUUUUUAUUUUUUUUUUGCCUCUACUGUGUAGAUUCUCUGAUUUAAUUAAAAGGUAUUUGUAUACAUUUUGGCUUCACCAUGUAGAAAUGACAGCACUUUUUGUACAUAGCCUUCUGCUUGUUUCAGGGGCUAGUUGCCUUACAUUUAUCUCUUCAGCAUAUGAAAUGCAUGUUGAAUUCAAUUCAGAUCAGGUGUUUUCUAGUUUUUGGCUUUGUUGGAUUAGCAGUAUGUUUGGGAUCAUUGUCUUGCUGUAGGAUGAAGGACAGUCCAAUAAGUUUGGAGGUAUUUGCCUGAACUUGAGAAGAUAAGAUGCUUCUGUACACUCAAUAAUUAAUUUUGCUGCUGGUAUCAGCAGUUACAUCGAAGAGGUCAGCCAGUACCUGUGGCAGCCACACAUGCCCAAACCAUAACACCCCCACCACCACGUUUUACAGAUGAGGGGAGAGUGCUUUGGAUCUCUGGGACACUCCACACUUUGCUUUUGCCAUUACUCUGAUACAAGUGGAUCUUGGUCUCAUCUGUCCACAAGACCAUUUUUCCAGAACUCUACAGGCUCUUUUAGGUACUUCUUAGCAAACCGUAAGCUGACUGUCCUAUUUAUUUGGCGAACCAAUAGUUGUUAUCUUGCAGUGUAGUCUCCAUAGUCCUGAUUGUGACGUCUUCUGUGGACAGUAGUCACUGACACAUCCAUGCCGGCCUCCUAAAUAAAGUUUCUAAUCUGUUGGACAGGUGUUUUUCCUCAUUAUGGUGAGAAUUAUUUAGUCCUUUACUUCCUUUGCCUACCAGGCCCAUUGUAAUUUCUGAGCUCACCACAGUGCUCUCUUUCUUCUUAAUGAUGUUUAAACAGUUGAUUUUGAGAACUUCAGAAACUUGUGAUGUGUAGAAGGGCUGUUUCCUACAAAGCUAUUAGGCUGAAUUUCAGAACUGUAUUAGGUAAUAUGUCUUUUUUUUUUAAAUCUUGUGUGUUCAAAAUAGUUUUUUAUGCAUUUUUAAAGUUUGCCACUGUAUAUUUUAUACAAUGCAAUACUUUACAGCUGAUGCAAAUGUUUCUGUUCCUUAUACAGUAUAUUUAUUUUUAGACACCUAAAGUUUUGGCCUAUGUCUCUGACUAUUGUUUUUUUAUUUUUUUAUUUCUCAGCCUCAUAAUGGCUUCCUUGACGUUCAUUGGCACAAAUCUGAUCCUCAUGUUGACAAACACCAACAUCAGACUCCAAAGGGGAUCAAAAGCCAAGAAUAGAUACAGAAAGCUGUCUUAUACCAGUACUAAGGAAGCAGUUAACCACACCUGACUAAGCAGAAACACCUGUGAAGCCAUUUGUCCAAACUAUUAUGAUGCCCUGAAAU